CGCGUUCGGUGGCGGGCGGGGCUACAUAUUUUAACGCCACAGGCUGCCCGCUCGCGCACGGCUCCGGCGGCAGUCGAGACCCGAGGCGAGACGAGGCGACACGAGCGAGCGAGGUGGCGCCGCCGGCUGCGCGGGUGCGUCCGCACGUCCAUGGCUACAAGCGCGGCGGCGCGGGCCGUGCGGCUCCUGCUCCUUCUCGUCGUGGCUGUGGCGGCCACGGUGGCCGGCGAUGAUGGCAGCAGCGCUGAGGAGGAGCCACGGGGAGGCGCCGCCGCCGCCGUCGUCCGGUUCUCCUCGGAGGGGGCGAAUGUUAAAGCAGCAGCAGCAGCAGCAGCUCCUCCUCUCCGCGCGCCGGCGGCGCCGGCGGCGGCUGUGGCGGGAUCGCCGGGCCAGUUCCGUGGGCAGGCGCGGCUCCCGCGCUUUGCCUCGCCGCGCCGCUACGACCUCCGCCUCCGGCCCGACCUCGUCGCCCUCACCUUCACGGGCACCGCCGCCGUCGCCGUCGCCGUCUCCGCGCCCACCCGCUUCCUCGUCCUCAACGCCGCCUACCUCUCCGUCGACCGCGUCUCCAUCCGCUUCCGGGAUUUGGCCCCCAAUGAGGUGGCUUUUUUCGAGGACGACGAGAUCCUGGUGCUCGGGUUCGCGAAGGUGCUGCCGCUUGGCGAGGGCGUGCUCAGUAUGAAGUUCAACGGCACGCUCAACGACCAGAUGAGGGGCUUCUACAGGAGUAAGUAUCAGUACAAGGGGAAGAUGAAGAACAUGGCGGUGACACAGUUUGAGUCUGUGGAUGCUCGGCGGUGCUUCCCAUGCUGGGAUGAGCCUGCAUUCAAGGCUAAGUUCAAGCUAACGCUUGAUGUACCAUCCGAGCUGGUAGCACUGUCCAACAUGCCAGUAGCUAACCAAACAGUUGCUGGUCCUAUCAAGACUAUCCGUUAUGAGGAAUCACCUCUUAUGUCAACUUAUUUAGUGGCGAUAGUUGUUGGCUUGUUUGAUUAUAUAGAGGGUGUAACAUCAGAAGGCACCAAAGUUCGUGUGUACACUCAAGUUGGUAAGAGUAAUCAAGGGAAGUUUGCACUAGAUGUUGGAGUGAAGUCAUUGCAUCUCUAUAAAGAUUACUUUGGCACUCCUUAUCCACUCCCCAAGUUGGAUAUGGUUGCUAUCCCUGAUUUUGCUGCCGGAGCCAUGGAGAACUAUGGCCUUGUUACUUUCCGGGAAGUUGCUUUGCUUUUUGAUGAGCAGUCUUCAUCAGAAUCCAGCAAACAGAAUAUUGCAAUUACUGUGGCACAUGAACUGGCUCAUCAGUGGUUUGGUAAUCUUGUAACCAUGGAAUGGUGGACUCACUUGUGGCUGAACGAAGGCUUUGCUACAUGGAUGAGUCAUUUAGCCGUAGAUUCUUUUUUUCCACAAUGGAAUAUAUGGGCACAGUUCCUUGAUGACACAACUGCUGGUCUCAAUUUGGAUUCACUUGCGGAGUCUCAUCCUAUCGAGGUUGAAAUACAUCGUGCCAGUGAAGUUGAUGAAAUUUUUGAUGCCAUAAGCUAUGAUAAGGGUGCUUCUAUUAUUCGCAUGCUACAAAAUUACCUUGGUGCAGAGCGUUUUCAGAAAGCGUUGGCUUCAUAUAUAAGAAAGUAUGCCUACUCAAAUGCUAAAACUGAGGACCUGUGGGCUGUUCUUGAAGAGAAAACUGGUGAACCUGUCAAGAAUUUGAUGACUACAUGGACAAAGCAACAAGGAUAUCCUGUUAUUAAUGCAAAGCUUAAAGGGAAUUACCUGGAACUUGAACAGACACAGUUUUUGUUAGAUGGAUCCUCUGGUCCUGGCAUGUGGAUUGUCCCUAUAACUUCAGUCUGCGGUUCAUAUGAUAUGCAGAAAAAAAUUCUACUGAAAGGCAAAAGUGAUAAGCUGUAUAUAAGAGACAUUGCUUCACAGUGUGGUAACCGAGAGAAGGGUGGAAACUUUUGGAUUAAGUUCAAUAUUAAUCAAACAGGAUUUUAUAGAGUUCAAUACGAUGAUAAACUUGCGGCUGCACUUCAAAAUGCAUUGCAGACCAAGAAGCUCUCUUUAAUGGAUAAAAUUGGCAUUGUGGAAGACUCGCAUGCCUUAUGUAUGGCCUCCAAGCAAACAUUGACAUCGUUGCUACGUUUACUGUAUGCUUAUCGUGGGGAGGCUGAUUAUGGUGUUCUUUCACACAUAAAUACUGUAAGUUUAAGUGUUGCAAAAAUAUCGGUUGAUGCAUCUCCUGGCUUGACUGGUGACAUCAAACAACUUUUGAUCAAGCUUCUUCUGCCACCUGCUGUAAAAUUAGGCUGGGACCCCAAGGAUAGUGAGAGCCACCUGGAUGCGUUGCUUAGACCAGUGCUCUUGGUUGCUCUUGUCAAACUUGGGCAUGACAAGACUAUAAAUGAGGGAGUAAGGCGUUUCCGUAUCUUCGUACAUGAUCGCAAGACUUCCCUUCUUCCUCCAGAUACCAGAAAGGCCGCAUACCUCGCUGUGAUGCAGAAUGUUACUAAUUCAAACAGAUCUGCUUAUAAUGAUCUUCUGAAAGUCUACAGAGAAUCAGAUGAAGCAGAGGAAAAGGGACGUGUCUUAGGUGCAUUGUGUUCUUGCAAGGAUAAGAAUAUUGUUCUUGAGUCACUGAAUUUCCUUUUUACCAAUGAGGUUCGCAAUCAAGAUGCAUAUUAUGUGCUUCAAGGUAUUGGCGUUGAGACACGUGAAACCGCUUGGGUGUGGCUGAAGGGCAACUGGGAUCCUAUCUCAAAGAAAUUCGGGGACGCACAAGUAGGAGGUUUUAUCAGAUAUGUCGUCACAUUGUUCACUUCCAACGAGAAGGCAACAGAGUUCUCCCGCUUCUUCGCCACCCGCAAGAAGCCCGAAUUCGAGAGGACGCUGAAGCAGAGCCUUGAGAACGUCCGGAUCAGGGCGAGGUGGAUCCAGGGCAUCAGGAGUGAGCCCAGGCUCGCUCAAACGGUGCAAGAGCUGCUGCACAGCCCCUGAUCUGCCCCCCUUUGCGUUGCAGUUUUGGCUGGUAAUAAGAUGCCGGCAGAUGGCAUGUAUUUGCACUUUCUCAUUUGUAAAAGUUGUCUCUUGUAGCGUUCCCUGUGUCAUGCAAUUGUAAUCUAUUUGGUUCCAUUUUUUAGCCCAAGCAUGUAGCGGAGAUCGAGUGUCUAUCUUGAAAAGCAUAGAGAUUCUAAAAGAAAAAAAAAGUAAAGAAUAGUUUGUAUUUACCCCCCAGAAGAGGGUUUUUCAUCGCUCCA